AUGAUGAAGGUACAACGACCGCUCUCGUUGCUAGUGUUCGAGGUGACCGUGAUCGUGCUGCUGAUGCUGGGCUUCGGAACGACCGACGCGGUGGCGCAGGUGAACCACUGGCAUCAUCCGAGCGCUGGCCACGCGGACAUGUACCAGGCGUGCCUCAGUGACUACCCGUGUGAGCCGAGUUAUUUGUGCGACUUUUACGAGUGCGACGAGGACGAAGAUUCGGAGCAAGCCUGUAGUUCAGAAGAAAACGAGUCAACCACAACCAGCAGCGAAGAGUGCGGUGAAACGACGGAAACCACGACGGAAACCACGACUUCCCCUGCAACAACUUCUACAACGACUGACCCUACAACAACUUCUACAACAACUGACCCUACAACAACGACCUUAACCAAAACUAGUUCAACAACGGAAAGACCAACAUCUACGUCCACUGAACCUACAACCAAAACGACACCAACGACACCUGAAUCAACGACACGCAGAUCGAGGAAAAAACACAAACAUCAGUUUUCUAAGCACACCACUAAGCCUACUUCACCGGCGGUAACUGAGCCUAACGCUCAAACGUCUGUCAGUGAGACUACAUCGGUGCCAUCAGCGAGUACUACUGAUGCUCCCACUACUAGUACUGCACCGAGUUCCGUGCCGGACUGUAAGAUCGGUGGGUUCCGAAAGCUCUGGAAACCGAAACCUAGGCACUUGAAUCGAAUUCUUCAGAACAGACGCACCCCCGAGGAGGUGAAUUGUUUGCUGGAGGAUUACAUGGCGCCCCUGGAACGGGUGCGCAGCAUGGCCAAGACGGCCUCCAAGCAGGAGCGAGUCUCGGCAAAGGAUUCCCCCUCGCUGGUCCACUACCAGCAGGAGCUCGAGUGCCUGCUGAGGCCCUGGUCACGCAAGUGUAAACAUUGGAAGUCUCUCCAGGGACGAGACAAUCGUGUGUAG